AUGGCGUCGCGUCAGCUGCUGCAGAUGAUGCAGUUCACGGACUCGACGACGACGUCUCAUCACAGCCCUAGACUGCCCGGCGGCGGCGUCCAUGGCCUGCCGCCGCCGACGCCCAUCUCGUCGCCGUUCUCGUCGCGGAAGCCGAGGCUGCAGGAAGGGCAUCCAACAUGUGUCAACCUUACACCUAUCCCCCAUACAGAUGGUCAUCUUUGGAGGAAGUAUGGAGAGAAGAAAAUCAAGAACUCCCCGUUCCCAAGACUAUACUACCGAUGCUCAUACCGGGACGACAGGAACUGCGUGGCGACGAAGGUGGUGCAGCAGGAGAACGACGCCGACCCGCCGCUGUACAGGGUCACCUACAUCCACCACCACACCUGCAGCCCGUCGCCGCCGGCCCCGACGCCGGCGGACGUCGUGUUCGCCGACCCACCAUGGCCGGGCAAAGCGGACCAGCCGGUGUUCUUCAGGUUCAGCCCCACCGGUGCUGACCCGCCGUCGUCGCCGGCGCACCAUCAGCAGUGGCAACACGCAGCAGCGGCGGCGGCGGCCCAGGCGCAGCUCCCCGUGAUGGGCGACGACGAGAAGUGGCCGGCGGCCAUCCGCUCCGGCCAGCUGCCCACGCGGCGGAUGUCGAUGUUCCGCGCCGUCGUCGAUGGGCUCAGACAGAUGAGGUCGUCGGCGCCACCGCCGUCGGCGACGAUGGACGGCGGGUGGGACACGUUCUCGGCGUUCGAUUUGGACUCGUGGCAAUUCGGUUCGGAUGAUGAGUUGCUCUGUGGUGAUCUCAUGCAUUUCCCGGACAGUAUGCAACAACAGUUCUGACGAGCCAUGCUGGAAAUACACAGACUAAUCCAUGUGCUUAAUUACCGUCAGAUUUCUCGUGAAAAUAUAUAUUUUGGUCCCAAAUGUUGUGGUUAAAAAUGCAUAUCAGAGCCCGUAAAAGUGUAUAUUGGAGAGCAGAAUUGAGUUCAAAAUGUAAGGUUAUGCAUUGCCAAACACUGAUACAGCACAAU